AUGAUGGUCGAGAACAUGACAAUUUUUGUGGCCUUUCUGGCAAUUGUUACGGUGUUCUCCAUGGACAACAGCGAAGCCCACGCGAACAAAGGCGACAAAAAUGAGCCUGAUGGGUCACCCAGCCAGGCCGAGUGCCAAUCUCUGGGACUUUCCGGCCGCCUGGGUGUCGUCACGGGGGGCGCCAGUGGGAUCGGCAGGAGCGUCUGCAUGGUACUCGCUCGAGAGGGCGCCACCGUCAUUGUGGCAGACAGGAACAGAACGGGCUCCGAUGAAACUCUACAGAUGCUACAAGGCUCGUACCCGGGCGAUCACCGCGUCAUAUACGUUGACGUUUCCAACUCUACGGCCGUCGAUGUUCUCUUCGAAGAGAUUGCCACUUAUUUUCCGGGAAGAAAGAUCAGCGUCGUGGUGAACAGUGCCGGCAUCGUGGAAGCUGCAGCGCCGAUUCAGGACAUGAACGACACCCAAUUUGACGACACGCUCGCCACGAACCUAAGGGGCACCUUCCUGAUCGACCGCGCGUCAGUGAAGCACAUGCUGGCCAAUAACGUCACGGACGGCGCAAUCGUGAACAUCGCAAGCAUUAUCGCAAAAACUGCCUUCCCGCGGUACACUCCCUAUUCAGCGUCCAAGGGCGGCGUCGUGUCCCUCACUAAGGCAGUGGCCCUGGAAGUGGCCAGCAGUGGCAUUCGCGUCAACGCCAUGCUGCCUGGUCCCGUCGACACCCCCCUGCUUGCAAGGCUACCGCCGGAAGUGAGCUCCGCCUUCAUAGCAGCAACUGCCUUCAAGCGCAAGGCGCGUCCCGACGAAAUAUCCGAGACGAUCGCGUUCAUGUGCAGUCCGAAGAGUAGCUUCCUGACAGGUGCGGCGAUCGAUGUCACGGGUGGUAUAAUAGCAUAAUAUUUACAUGGAAUAAAUUGGCUGCUGUAGUCGCGGAAGGCGCGACAAGUGUCUGCACUGUUCCUUCCACACAGGCUUUAUUUAAAAUGACUGCAAAAUGGUAACAUGUGGGAAGGUAUCACCAAUGCAUUUUCACAUCGCGUCUUUUGCAGACGUAUCCUAGAAUGAUCGAAUCGUGUGAACAAGGUUUUCAGUCACCAGUGCCUAACUUCGCCAGAAAAAUCUUGUAUAAGAAUACCAUCUGAGCAACAUUGCAACUGGAUUGCCAUUAUCUGGUUUCGGAGAAGUCAUAAGAGUGAUAAAAGAUUACAUUCUUAGUUUGUGUCAAACUGCAACUAUUUAAACGUAUUUGCCACACAGGUACCCCCCCCUCCUCUCCCUUUCCUCCCCUAAUUUGUUAGAACAAAUAUUCCAAGAACCACAUGAAAAGAGCAAUGACAAUCCCUGUAAUCAUGGAGAUUGCUCUUGAUGAGAAACACCGAAGAGAUUCGUACUUCUGUGACAGUGAAGGUUCUGCAAUGCAUCCAUUUUAUCUUUAGGGGGGUUUGCAUUACAUCUGCUGCCAAUAAAAACAAAACUGUGUCACGAAA